CACUGGGUGGUUUGAAAGCCCGGCGCGCACCGCACGAGCGGCGGUUCGGCCUGUCCCUGGGAUGUCGGUGUUGCGGCCGCUGGACAAACUGCCUGGCCUGAACACGGCCACCAUCUUGCUGGUGGGCACGGAGGAUGCUCUUCUGCAGCAGCUGGCCGAAGCGAUGCUCAAGGAGGAUUGCACAUCGGAGCUGAAGGUCCACUUGGCAAAGUCCCUCCCUCUGCCCUCCAAUGUGAAUCGGCCCCGAAUUGACUUGAUUGUGUUCGUGGUCAACCUUCACAGCAAACACAGCCUCCGGAAUGUUGAGGAGUCCCUGCGCCAUGUGGACGCCACCUUCUUCCUGGGGAAGGUGAGCUUCCUCGCCACAGGCGCUGGGCGGGAGAGCCACUGCAGCAUUCACCGGAACACCGUCAUGAAGCUGGCCCACACCUACCGGAGCCCCCUGCUCUUCUGCGACCUGGAGAUAGAAGACUUUCGAGCCACCAUGGCGCAGCGCCUGGUCCGCAUGCUGCAGAUCUGCGCCGGCCAUGUGCCCAGCGUCUCAGCCCUGAACCUGCUGUCCCUGCUGCAGAGCUCUGAGAACCCCUCCCUGGAGGACCUGUGAGGGCCACCAGCCCCCGGGCUGCCCCUCCCCAGGGCUUGGUGCCCGGCUCAGUAAACAGUCACUGUUGCCAGGGCUUGACAGGCCGGGGUCAGCAGGCAGUUCCCUCAGGGCCCAAACUCCUCGAGCUCCGGCAGCACGUGCUGGGGGCAGGGGGUGGGGAGGGAGCCCAGCUGGUGGGACUGCAGCCCCCCUCCCCCUCCCAUGCUCACUCCAGCAGAGCCCCAGGUCUUCGUCCAUCUGAUGUGUUCUCUCUCCACUAAAGACUUCAACUGAACAAAGGGUCCGUGGCUAAAAAAAGUUUGAAAAUCACUGGUCUCGUCCACCACUCUGAUUUUGCAGAUGAGCAAACUGACUCAGAACAAUUAGGAGUCGGGUAGGGGGAGCUUGGACUCUGUGAGCCCAGUCUGACUCUGCAUCCUGGCCUUGCCAUGCCUGGUUAUAGGACCUGGUUGUUGCCUCUUGGGGCCUCAGUUUUCCCAGGUGUGAGAUGGAGAUUGUUCUACCUACCCUGUUGCGUUGUGAGGACUGUGUGACGUGGUGGAGGUGAAGUGCUUGAGGUUGUAUGACUCUUGCGCUUGUCUGAGCGCCUGCUGUAUUUCAUAAUAAAUGUGUUGAUGCUUACACAGUGCCAGGUGAGCACUCAACGAACAGU